AUGGGUCAGGGGAUGUUAUGCAGGAUUUUAUUGUUCAUGUUUCUCUGCGUCUCUGAGGGACAAUUUACCAUUUUAAAAACCUUUGGAAGACGCUCACCGGCCUCUAAACCCACAACAAGUUCAUCGCCAAGGUUCACUCUCUUGGCUCCAGAUCUGCUGAGGACCGACAGUCCAGAGAACAUCUAUCUGCAGGCUGACGGUCUGUCCAACCCGGUUACCGUCGCCAUCUCCAUCCGCCCCUUCAGUUCCAACAUCCCCCUCCUCCUGGAGUCCGUCACACUCAGUCAGGAGAAUGGCUUCCACACCCUCAAGACCAUCCAGUUACCUUCAGAUGAUUUGAAUCGAGAAGAGAAGAAGAAUAAGUUUGUGUAUCUGAAGGUAGACUUUGAGGGCCACUACUCAGAGGAAAGGGUGCUGAUGGUGUCCUUCCACUCUGGGUACAUCUUCAUCCAGACAGACAAACCCAUUUACAAUCCUGGGGAUACAGUUCGUGUCCGAGCCUUCGUGUCCGAUCCGUCUUUUAAGGCUUUUGACAGCACCAUCACUGUUGAUAUCAAGAAUCCUGACGAUGUUGUGGUUAAACAAACCUCCAGGAUGAGAGCUGUCAAUGGCAUCUUCUCAGACACUUUUCCACUGUCUGACAUUGUCAAUGAAGGAACAUGGACAGUGAUUGCAAAGUUUGACCACUGGCAGCAAAACACAUUCACCUCCCACUUUGAGGUGAAAAAAUAUGUGCUUCCUGCCUUCAACGUCACCUUGACGCCCAGGCAGUCCUUCCUCAACCUGGAGGACAACCAACUGGAAGUAGAGGUUUCAGCCAGGUAUCUGUUCGGGGAGCCGGUCCAGGGGAAGGCCUAUGUGGUGUUUGGAGUAAAGAUCAACAAAGACAUGAGGAGGUUACCUACAGUGAAGCAGGUGUCAGAUCUGGAUGGAGGAGUUGUCACACUGAGUAUGGAGGAGAUAAAAGCAGCUUAUCCUAAUAUCAGACAAUUGGUGGGACACUCUUUGUAUGUUAAAGCAUCAGUUCUCACUACGUCAGGCAGUGACCUGGUUGAAGCUGAAAAGACUGGCAUUAAAGUUGUGGAGUCUCCUUAUGUUGUGUCAUUCAGAGACAUGCCAGAGUACUUUAAACCUGGCCUACCCUUUGACUUUACGAUCCAGGUAAGUCACCACGAUGGUUCCCCAGCCAGAAACGUCCCAAUCAAGUUGACUGUACAGGCGACUGUCCUGCCCCUGGUGGUCACUUCAGGGACGACAAGAGCCUCCAUCAAUAUGCCCAACAUCCAGCGCCCCCAAGUCAUCAAAGUUGUGACCACUGAGGCUGGCCUUAGACAAGACCAACAGGCCCAAAAGCAGAUCAGUGUUGUACCAUACAUGACCUUUAACCGCCAGCAACAAAACUACCUGUACAUCUCCACGGGGGUCAACAGAGUGUCCGUGGGAGACCAACUGUCUGUGACGCUGACCAUCAAUACUGCAGACCAGAGCCACAGGGACUUCAUCCAACACAUUACCUAUAUGGUGCUCAGCAAAGGCAAAAUGGUCAGUGCUGAACGUGUGGAUGUGACUGGUCAGGUGUUCACCAGAGUCACACUGAUGGUCACCCCUCAGAUGAUGCCAUCAUUUCGGUUUGUAGCUUUUUACACCAUUCCUUGGACCAGGGGUGAGGAGGUCGUGGCAGACUCCAUCUGGGUGGAUGUGUCUGAUACCUGUGUUGGAGGGCUGAGUGUGGGUCCAGUGGAUGGCAUAGGUAGAGACUACAGCCCUGGGCGCAGCUUCGGUUUUAAACUCAGAGGAGAUCCGGGGUCAAAGGUCAGCCUGGUGGCAGUGGACAACGCCGUGUAUCUGCUGAAAAAUGACAGACUUACACAGAAAAAGAUUUGGGAUGUUGUGGAGCACAGAGACUUCGGCUGCACCCGAGGUGGAGGCCGAGAUGCCAGGAGGGUUUUCACCGAUGCAGGACUGCUCUACGACUCCAGUUCUGGGUUUAAAACACCAAGCAGGCAGGUCCUGCAGUGUCCAGGAAGUACCAGAAGGAGGCGUUCUGUGGAUCUGCUGCAACGUAAAGCCCAGUUAGAGAGUCUCUAUACGGAAAAGCUGCAGCGUCGCUGCUGUAAGGAUGGCCUCAGAGAAAUCCCCAUGCCGUACUCCUGCACACGACGCUCCCUCUACAUUACAGAGGGAUGGGAAUGCAUCCGGGCAUUCCGUUAUUGCUGCGCCACCUACCGGGACCAAGUGUUUGACACUGAAAUCCCAACCACCCCUCCACCCACCACCCCAGCACCCACCACCCCAGCACCCACCACCUCAGCACCCACCACCACAAGCAGACGACGCAUGUUUAGUUUCAGUCCAAUGGACAUAGCUCCACGAGUUAACUUUGCACGCUUUGGCCUGGAACCUAGACUCCUUGGAAUGGCAGAAGUCCCCUUAAAAGAAGAAAGCUACCGUAUGUACAACAAGCCUGUAGAGCGUGUUGAGAUUCAUUCUUUUAAGGAGGAGGAGGUGGAAGAGGAGGAGGAGGAAGAAGAAGAGGAAGAGUGGGAGGACAUGGAUGAGACUCAGGUGUAUCUACGUUCCAAGUUUUAUGAGUCUUGGCUGUGGAUGGAUGUUGACCUGCCCAAUACUGUUGACAGAGAUGGGUUGGCGUCUAAGACUGUGGACCACCCCUUACCUGACAGCAUCACAGAGUGGGGGAUUCUGGCUGUUAGUUCAUCCCCUCAUACAGGUUUUUGUGUUGCUGACCCUUACAACGUCAAAGCGGUGAAGAAAUUCUUUGUGGACCUGAAGCUGCCGUAUUCGGUCGCAAGGAAUGAACAAGUGGAGAUAAAAGCAGUGGUGCACAACUACCUGGACAUGGACCUGCAUGUGAGGGUGGUGCUGAUGAAGACAAACGACAUGUGCAGCAUCGCCUUUAAAGACCGACACACACAGGAAAUAUCAGUUCCAGCCCGUUCAUCUGUAGCCGUGCCUUACACCAUCGUACCUCAGGUGGUGGGGAAGCUUCCUAUUGAGGUGAUGGUGGUGAACAGGGACAUGACAGGACAAGACCGCAUCCAGAAGUUACUUCGGGUGGUGCUGGAGGGUGUGCAGAAGACUGAAGUCUGGAGUACAGUUUUAAACCCUACCGCUGAAGGAGGAACGCAGAAUGUUCAUAUGGGCAAGAUUGAACUAAGAUCAGUUGUUCCGAACUCUGUUCCAGAGACUUUCCUCAAUAUCAGAGGCAACGUGUUGGCAGACAGCAUCGAUAACUCUAUCAGUGAGGACUCUCUGGCGUCUCUGAUCCGGAUGCCUGGGGGAUGUGUGGAGCAGAACUUAGCGUCCAUCACUCUGCCCCUCAUCGCCACACUCUACCUGGAUCGAACCAAUGACUGGGAGAGCGUGGGGGUGCAGCGUAAGGCCGAAGCUUUGCGAUACAUCCGGAGAGGAUAUGAGAAACAGCUGGUGUACAGAAAGAGUGACGGCUCUUACCCCCCCUAUAGCAAAGAAGGUGCAAGUACAUGGAUCACAGCUUACGUGGUGAAGGUUUUCUCCAUGGCUCAUUCCAUUAUUGGCAUCAAUGAGCAGCAGGUGUGCGAGCCUCUGCUUUACCUGCUGAAGAACAAACACCGAGCCUCUGAGGGGAACUUCGUAGAGGAUAAUCCAGUCUACGACACCACCAUGACUGGUGGUCUCCGUGGUGACGACCCUAAGACGACCCUGACGGCCUUCGUCUUCAUAGCACUCGCGGAGGCGAAGCAGGCGGGGAUCCAGUGCAACAGCCCAGACGUGAAUGUGGAGUCAGCAAUGCGUAAGACAGCAGAUUAUCUGAAGAGGGCGCUGCAGAUCCCCAGGAGGCCGUACACAGUGGCCAUCGCUUCCUAUGCACUGGCUCUGAUGAGAACUACGUACCCCUUCGACUCUACACCAGCUUUAAUGAAAGCUGCAGCUCCAGAUGGCAGCCACUGGGCCGACAGCGACAACACACUGUACAGCCUGGAGGCCACAGGCUACGCCCUGUUGGCCUUGGUGAAGCAGGGACGGAUGGAUGAGGCUUCGGCACCCUUCCUUUGGUUGAACGGCCAGCGGAGGAGGGGCGGCGGCUUUGGGUCCACUCAGCCCACCAUGGUGGUUCUCCAUGCUCUGUCUGAGUACAUGAUCCACAGACCUCCUCCUGUGGAUCUCACACUGGAUGUAGACGUCAACAUCGUGGGACGCAGCGGCCUCCGCUACCACUUCAACCCCAGCACCGCCUACGCCGCUCGCUCCACCAGGUUACCUGCCCUUAAUGCAGAUCUUGCAGUACAGGCUCGAGGAAAUGGACAGGGAAUACUGGAGGUCGUGACCCAUUACAACCAGCUGCCUGAGGUGGAUGAGCAAAUGCCCUGCAACAACUUUGAGCUCAACGUCUCCAUUGCAGAAUCCAGUGAAAAACCUCCAGCAGAUGUUGAGAAGUCUUAUGAGUUCACUAUCAAAGUCAGGGCUCUGGGCUCCAGAGAUGUGCGGAUGGUGGUUCUGGAUAUCAGCCUCCCCACUGGCUUCACUCCAGAAAACGCUGACCUGGAGCGGUUGUCCAACUCUGUGGAUCGAUAUAUCAGUAACUUCCAGAUUGUUGAUAACCUGAGUGACAGAGGCUCCCUGAUCGUCCACCUGUUCAAGGUGUCUCACAAAGAACCUGAGAUCCUGAUCUUCAGACUUCAGCAGAGCUUCAGAGUGGGCCUCCUCCAGCCGUCACCAGUUACUGUCUAUGAGUAUUACAACCCAGACCAUCGCUGCAGUCGGACAUACACUCCCACUGAGGAUAAGGAGGAGCUCACUCAGAUCUGCAGGGAAAACGUCUGCCGCUGCACACAGGGUGACUGCUGCAUUGCCAAAACUGACAGUGAAAACUUCCCUAAUAAGGAGAGAGAGACAUUUGCCUGCAUGAGCUUACACCAUGUUUUCCAGGUGAAGGUGUUGAAUGUCAGCAGGAGUUACUACGACAAGUAUGAGAUGGAGAUAACGCAAGUUAUCAAGUUGGGUGAGGAGGCAGGAGUUGAAACAGGACAAACCAGGUUUUUCAUGUCUCAUGGAGGCUGCAGAGAUGGACUCAACCUGCAGGAGGGGUCCUUGUACCUCAUCAUCGGCCCCCAGCGGGACAAGUGGGACAUAGACAGUACCACUAACAGAUAUACGUACAUGUUAGGAAAGGACACCUGGGUGGAGCGCUGGCCCUCGCCUGCAGACUGUGAAAGUAAUCCCAACCUGAUGAUCAAGUGUACUAAUCUUGACGAAGCUGCAUAUGAACUGUCUGUCAACGCUUGCAGACUGUAG